CUGGAAUAAAUAACGGAGUAGAGCUAUCUCAUUAACCCCCUCAUGCAGCGAUCAUCGCACUCAUCUAUCUUAUGCAUUCCUUAUGCAGUCCUUGCUUACAUGAGCGUCUGCUGUGUGACCCUCCUGCCAAUCAGAAGGCCGGCCGUUACAAUGCCGUAAAACCUCGCCAUCCAAAACCACGGCAAGAUCAUCUCAAUCUUCGGCCAUCGCAAGCCCACCGCAAUCAAAACCUCAACGGAGCCCGACUCAAAUCUAGCUGAAACACACCCCGGCUGAUCUCAUUGUGCAACACCCCGGCGCGACUGCAGGUGAAUAUUCCGAUCGUCGGCGUACAUGUGAUAACUCCACUGAAGUGAAGGGCUGAAGUUGAACAAAGCACCCUCUACACAGUAACAAAAUACAUAGUAGACAAUAAUCCACUAGGAUAAUAUGGAUGCACUCACGAGCUUCCUCGCCAAUAUCGGCGAAGAAGUUGAAGAUGCAGAAGAGGAAUCCUUCCUCCUCUUCUCCCAAGACAUCCCAUCCGCCAAUCUAGGCUUCGUCGAUUCCCGCGCCACCACCAUCGACAUCACCAUCCACGACCAAGAUUAUACCAUCCACCAGUCUCCGACACUGCUUUCUUCAUCUAGAGCAGGUGGUACAACCGGUGCCGUCCUCUGGAAAAUCACCCCCCUAAUAUCCACCUGGCUCAGCACAACAACCACCAACCCCCUCUGGACACACUCCAUCCUCACCCCAUCCUCGACCGUGGUCGAACUAGGCAGCGGCAUCUCAGCGCUCAUCGCCCUCUCCCUGUCCCCCAAGAUCCAGCACUACAUUGCCACGGACCAGGAAUACGUGCAGCGGUUGUUUCGCCAGAAUCUGGAUGAAAACCUUUCUGCAGCUGGAGCAGCAGUUAACAAGGGGAAGGGGGUGAAAAGGGGGGUUGGGAAGGGGGGGAAGCAGGCUUCGUCGGCGGCUUCAUCGCGGAAGAAUAAAUCGGCGUCUACCUCCGCACAUGAUAGCAAAGGGAAUGGGAAUGUAAUAUUCACCUCCCUGGAUUGGGAACUUGAUGUUGCGGGCUCGUUGAAGGAGAGUCUUGGACUCGUAUCAUCCACUCCUCCCUCUACCUCUACCCCCAGAGACAACGACGAAGCCGAAGAAAAAGACAAAGGCUUCGACCUAAUCCUCUCCUGCGACUGCAUCUACAACGAGGCCUUAGUAGCGCCAUUCGUGCGAACCUGUGCGGAUUUAUGUCGACUGCGACCUGUCUACACUAACCCUGAUGGUCAAGAUGGGUGGUAUACUGGCACUGGGAGUGGCGGGAGAAAACCGACGGUGUGUGUGAUUGCGCAGCAGCAGCGGUCGCCGGAGGUGUUUGAGGCGUGGUUACAGGAGACGAUGAGGGUGUUUCGGGUGUGGAGGGUGAGGGAUGAGGUGUUGGGGGAGGAGUUGAGGUUGGGGAGGGGGUAUUUGGUACAUGUGUUGCUUUUGAAGUGAUUUAUUGUGGAAGUAUACAUAAGAUGAGGGAGGAAUUGGGAUUUAUGUGGGGACGUGAUGUCCAUUGGCUAUGGACGUGGAUGGGCUGCAAUGAGACCGGCUGAGAUCAGCAUAUAGAUACUAUGUAAAAUACAACACCCAAGCAGUAUGGACAGUCUUGG